AAGGGGCUUGCGCGUGUCAUAUCAUGAUAGCCUCUGCACAUUGAAAAUGGGAGGACCGUUUGUAAAGUGACGAGGGGAAGCACACGAUCGAGGGGAUCGUCCCUUAUAUGGGAUUCCUCAUUCUCGGCCAUCCUCAAAAAGUCUGUCCGCAGCGGAUGGGAUAGAUCCUUGUUUCUCCUUCUUUUUGUGUGUGUGUUUCGUAGUUUGCGCUCCCUUACGAAUUUGAAGACCAUUUAGACUAAUAUCACUGAACAUCUAAGUUACGCCGAGGUGUAAAAAGGUCGUUCUUUUGUGCGUUUUUGCUUUCCCUUACUUACGGAAGUCUGUUAGUACUGGACAUCUGAGGUUAUCCCAUCAAUUUGCACGAUGUCGACGUGGCAGUUGGUGGUAUUCGCUGCUCUACUGGCAUCUGGCGUCUGGAGUGCUUCCACAAGGAUCCGCUUGGAGAACCAGGGAUACGUGGACAUAGUCGUUACCAUCGAUCACCAAGUGCGCGAGGAUAAGCAACUGAUUCAGAACCUCAAGGAUUUGCUGACCAGUACGUCAGCGUUCCUUCACCGAGCUACAAGAGAGCUGGUGUACCUCAAAAGCGUCACCAUCGUCUUACCUCACACGUGGUCUAAUGACAUUCCGUCCGAGUUCAUCUCGGGAGACAUGUUCUCCAGUGCAGACAUCCAGAUUGUCAACAGCCAAGAACGCGCGCCGUACACGGUGCAAGCGAAGGGAUGUGGAGAACGCGGCGAAUACAUCGUCUUGCCGUCACAGUUUGUGGGCAAUCUCACCACCGCUACCAAGAAAGAAUUCAGGAAGCCUGAGCAAGUGAUGACGCACGAAUGGGCCCACUUCAGGUAUGGAGUCUUCGAUGAAUUUGGCUCGCCGGGAGACGCUCAAUAUCCUUCGAUGUACGUUCGGGAUGGACAGAAAAAGCCCAAUGUCUGCAGCGAUAAGAUCGCCGUUAGUCUCCAGACGGAUAAGGGUGAACCCUGCGACUUAGUGGAAGGAUCUCCUCAAGAAGACUGCAUCGAUUUCUCGCCCGUCGAUGAAUUCACCCAAGCAUCGUCUUCCAUCAUGUUUAUGCCGGUGCUUUCAUCGGUCUACACUUUCUGCGACGAUGACGAGCACAAACACAACGCCGAGGCACCGAACCCACAGAACGCCUUGUGCGACUCGCGUAGCACCUGGGACGUCAUUUCACACAAUUCCGACUUCAACGGAAUCGACAACCCUGUCACACUCGAGCCAACGACAUUCAGAGUACUCAAGGCACAUGUCAAGCAGAGAUGUGUUCUUGUACUGGACACUUCGACAAGCAUGAUGCUUAAAAACCGGCUGGAAAUCAUGCACCGUGCCGCGGCGCGUUACAUCCAGGACUUGGUUCCCGACGGCACUGAGCUGGGCAUUGUUGUCUUCAAUACCAAUGCCACCAUCAAUGCGUACCUUACUGAGAUAAAUCGCAACACGAGGGCAGCUCUGAUAAGCAAGUUACCCCGGACUACUGAUGGCAUCACAGCAAUUGGAAAGGGCCUUCUGGAGGGCGUUAAGGUCCUCGAGCAGAACGCUACAAGCAUCGAGAACUCCGUUAUCAUUUUGAUGUCAGAUGGCGAGGAGAACGUCCCCCCUCUCAUCAGGGUAGUCAUGCCCGAGUUGCUCAAGAAAGGUGUGAUAGUGCACACCCUGGCUUUGGGAUAUGAUGCGGACAAAGGGCUGGAAGCCCUGGCUCUCGCUACUGGAGGCAGGUCCUAUGCGGUAACCAACGAAAAGACGUUCGUCUUGGAAAACUUGGAGAAGGCCUUCUUCUCUGCCUCCACGGCUCAACGGCCGAUAGAACAGAAGCCUGUCACUUUGGUAAACAAGGUGAUUCCUCUGGAGGGCAACACGACGUCACUCUUCGUCACCGUCGACAGAGAACUUGGAAAGAACCUAGAGUUCCUCGCUUCUGGAGGAGACGGAGCCACAAUGACAGUGAUAGCCAAAAGCCCAUCAGGAAACACUUAUAUUGGAAAGUACGAUAAGGACCUCAAGCGUCAUAAAGUGUACGUGGGUGACAUCGUGGAGCCUGGAAAGUGGCAAGUGGAUAUCAAACAUGAUAACCCAUCUAGCAACGAAUCUGUCUCUAUCACUGUGGUAUCUGAAGCCAAGGACCCACAGGAUCCUCCCGUUCGUAUGCGAACCUUCUACAGCACGACAGAUCUUUCCUAUGCACGAGCUUCGACGCAGUUCAAGAUCUUCGUCGAGUUGAAAAAAGGAGAGCAAGUCGUCAAAGGAGCGCACGUUGUAGCAACUGUUACGACUCCACGAGGCGACCAGGUUCCCGUGGUGCUUAAGGACAAUGGAGCAGGUGCCGACAUUGUUGGAGGAGAUGGUAUCUACUCAGGUUUCUUCGCCAACUUCAGCAGCUCUGGCCGGUACUCGGUUGAAGUUCAAGCAUACGGCGACGAAAACACCAAUCUGAUAGCACCCAAACGUCCUUCCGGUUCGACUUCUGGAGGACACAAGGCCCGCAGAAGUGUGGAACCAUUCGCUUUUGAAAGGUACGAAAACGCCGGAGUCUUUGUUGUGAAACACGUAGAGCCAGCUCUGGUCUACCCUCCGUCCCCUAUACGGGACCUUCGUGUCGAACAAGCCUUGUACUUGGACAACGGUACAAGGGCAGUCAGCCUGAAGUGGACCUCUCCUGGAGCCCACUUGGACGAAGGAACUUGCCACAACCUCACUAUCAUGGCCAGCCGUGAUCGAACUGUUCUUCAGAGAGAAGGCACGACGGGUGACUUCUACAGGGUCACGGAAUAUGAUGUGGUUAACGGCACUCUCCGCCCUCUGCAAUCUGGAGAACCCCAUGAAGUGACCUUCCUUAUCCCGGACACGUGGUUGCCUCCGAACAAAAGCGCUCAUGAUGUGUAUUUCACCGUGAGCACCUGGAACUCCGACGGGAUCAAGUCCAACCGGUCCAACAUCGCAACAGCCAACUUCUUUGAACAGAGUGAAAAGAUCGUAGUUCCGUCAACGAUACGGGACCUUCGUGUCGAACAAGCUUUGUACUUGGACAACGGUACAAGGGCAGUUAGCCUCACGUGGACCUCUCCUGGAGCUCGCUUGGACGAAGGAACCUGCCACAACCUCACUAUCACCGUCAGCUGCAAUCGAACCGUUCUUCAGACACGUGACAUGCCGGGCGACUUCUACACGGUCACGGACUAUGACGUGCUUAAUGGCACUCUCCGCCCUCAACACUCCGGCGAAUCCCAUAAAGUGACCUUCCUCAUCCCGGACUCGUGGUUGCCUCCGAACAAGAGCGCCCACGAUGUGUACUUCACCGUGAGCACCUGGAACUCCGAUGGGAUCAGGUCCAACCGGUCCAACAUCGCGACCGCGAACUUUGAAAUGGUCGUCGUGGAAAAGGAGUUGAACAUUUGGGAGAAAAUCUUGGAAUCCAAGGCUGCCUUGUACGGCGUCUCGGCUCUCUUAGUUGGGGUCUUGUUCGCCGUGGUUGUGCUUCUCGUCAUCAACAUCUUCGCGAAGAAAUCAUCGUCUUCAAAAGGCAUGGAACGAGUCGCCGUAUUUCGAGCUGCUCCGGCGAAGUAUGAGGUGGAAAAGGCUUGCACAUGAACCUGAACUCACCCUGAUAACGAUUUACUUGCAUUAUCCAAUGGCUCCCGUUUUUGCGAUGGUUAUAUGAUUCCAACUGGUCCUGUGAUGAAGCGACUGCUAUACACCACAGAAGCGGGGCAGAAGAGCGUGUUUCAGUUGAAAUCCCAGUGAAAGGCGUUCCCGGCCGGCGAGGCCGCCAUAAAAUAUAGUGAAGUUGUUAUCAA